AUGGCACAGCACGUGAAGCUCGAGGAAGAGGGCGUGGUGUACCACCACCACCAGCAGCAGCCCAAGCAGCCGCCGCAGUACACGGGACGACGCAACAGCGCGCUGGCGGUGGCGCGGCGUGCUUCGAUGGCCGACGUGCUGGCCAACAACGCCCGACGGUCGGGCUCGCUGGGCGACGUGCUCCUCAACGCGUCCAACUCGGCCGCCUCGUCGCUGCAGCUCUACCUCCACUCCCUCAUCCAGCGCAACCCUUCGUCUUCGUCUUCGUCCUCGUCUGACUCGCACGAGCUCACUGACCACUCUGACGAGCACGUGGCGUCCUCCACGUCGACUAAGAAAAGCAGCAAGAGAAAGAGGAAGGAGGCCAAGGAGGCCAAGCGCGCACGCAAGAGCAAGGCCUCCUCAUCUUCUCCAGAUGGCGACCCCGCAUCUUCAUCCUCAUCCUCAUCCUCAUCGAAGAAAAAGCGCAGGGGCAGCUCGGCAUCAAUCGGUAGCGAGUCGAUGUGCGAGGGCCUUCUACUCGACGGCUCGCCAGCUGCCCCACCUUCGGUGCUCUCCCCUUCCUCCUACCCCUCGGCCUCUUCGUCUCCCUCUACGACUGCCCAGCCGCACCUGCCGCCUUCACAUCUCCACAAUGCCAACCCCAAUCCUCAUCUUCAGCACGGCCACCACAAUCUGCCUCACCAGCAGCCGCCAGUCUCGGGCGUGUUCACGAGCUUCGACGAGUGCUUCGACGCCGACCUCGCCAUCCUCUCCACCCUCUCCGCCGACGAGGUGGAGCUCUCCCCGACGCCCCUCUCCUCGUCGUCGCCGCUGCCCCCGACCCCGAUCGGCGCCCAGACCGCUUCCGUGCCCGCCGCGGCCCAGCCCUACCGACCAGCCGCCCUCCUCGACCACCCACAGCAGCAGCAGCAGCAACUGGUGUACCCGCAGCAUCAGCAGCAACAGCAUCAGCACGUCAUGAUGGGUCCGCCUGUCCAGCCCGCCUUGCAAGCGCAGGUGCAGAUGCACGUGCAGCAGGCGGCCUCCUUCUCCCACGGCUAUCCCCAGCAGCACCAUAAUCAGCCCUACCACCACCACCAGCAGCAGCCCUAUCACCAUCAUCAGCUGUACCAGCAGCACCCGCCGCCGUAUGGCCACCAUCAGCAGCAGGCGUACCCGUCGCCCCAGCCGUCGCCGUCGCUGCCGGAGGACUGGUCGGGCCUCUCGCCGCUGUUCCCGUCGCAGCAGGAGGCCUCCGCCUCCUCCUCCCCGUGGCAGCCCCGAUCGCCCGCCCUCUCCAUGCACGAGCAGGUGGAGCGCCUCCUGUGCCCGUCCUUCCCCGCCUCCCCGUUCAGCGCCCAGCCCCCGGCCUCGCCCGCUUCGACCCACCACCAGCAGCCGCAGCAGCAGCACGCGUUCCUGCGACCACCCGAUGUCGUCCCGCGCACGUCGCACCCCAGCGUGCCGAGCCCCUCCGCCUCAACAGCGACCGAUGACGGGAUGCUGAUGAUCCCGGCGGCCAGCCCCAUGUCCAGCUUCUUCGACUGGGCCGACGAGCUCCUGGCCUUCGACCCCAGCAAGGGCCCCACCACCCCCACCAUGUAA